CUCAGGAGAAGUUGAAAUAUUACAUUAAUCAAUUGAAAUUUAAUAGCUUUUAAUUAUAGAUACAUCAAGCACUUCAAAAGUCAAUACGGCAUACACGUGCUAUUGCAUUCAAGCCGCAAUAUUUCCAGCAAAGCAUUCAGCAGCAGUCAUUUGGAAACAUGUGUUUAACUGGGAAUAUUUUACAAAUUUUUAGGAUAAUAUGAUUCAACAUGGAGAGAAUAUUGAGAUUUAUUUUUAAUUUUAGAGAUGCUAAGCUAACAGUAGACGACGACUAUGUAGACAGACUCUCCAGGCGGCAUUCUUUGUUUUUAUUAGUAGUAUUCGCUCUAUUAGUAAUUGGAAAACAAUACGUGGGUGAUCCAAUUCAUUGUUGGUCGCCUGCUGAAUUUACAGACGUUCACAAAAGAUAUGCUGACAGUAUUUGUUGGGUAUCAAGUACUUACAGACUAGAUCCAUCUGAAACAGCUCUUCCUCAGUAUCCAAAUUCUAAAAAUCGAGUGUCCUACUACCAGUGGGUGCCUUUGAUACUGCUCUUUCAAGCUGUUCUCAUGUCUCUGCCCAACGGUAUUUGGAGAAUUUUAUAUAAAAGAUCAGGGAUUAACGUGGCAGCGAUUCUAGAUGCUGCUAUUGCCGGACAGAGGACUUCUUACGCAGAUAUAAGGGAGAAAACUGUAAGAUAUAUGGUUGGACAGAUAGAACGAUAUUUGGGAGUUUGGAGAACAAAAGCUAGCUUUAAGACUCGUUCAAGAUGUUGCUCUCUUCAUACUUCAGCUGUGUUCUGCUGCACAACAUCCGCCAGAAGUGCGGGCAAUUAUUUAGCUGGCUCCUAUUUACUUGUCAAGAUUUUAUACAUUUUAAAUGCAAUUGGGCAAAUAUUUUUGUUAGACUUCUUUUUACAAGCUCCUUUUCACUAUCACGGGUUUAAAUUACUUGUGAAUAUGAUUAUAACAUCUCGAGAAACUGAUCCCGUAUAUUUUGAUCAUUCAGAAUUAUUUCCAAGAGUUGCAGCUUGUUAUUUUGAUAUCAGGAAAAAAGGGGGUCAAUUGCACAGACAUGUUGUUCAAUGCGUUCUGCCUAUUAACUUAUUCAACGAAAAACUAUUUCUUUUUCUAUGGGCCUGGUUUGUUUUUAUCGCUAUCAUAACUGUUAUUAAUUUUAUAUAUUGGUCAAUUUUACUACUUUAUUGGCCUACGCAAUCUGAAUACGUUUUCAAGCAGUUAUACCCUGUAGGUAGUUCUACGUCUACACAAAAGUCUCAUGUGCGGAGAUUUUCUGACUCGUAUUUAAGACGAGAUGGUUUGCUUGUUGUAAGAUUGAUUUCGAAAAACACUGGUAGUGUUGUAGCAGCCGAAGUUCUAGAAGGGCUGUGGGACCUUUUUUCUGAUAAUGAUGGGGGCAACUCAACACCCGAAGGUUUAUCAAGAGAAUUAAGUGUUCGAUCAGAUUUAAAAAAAUCAAAGGCGUCAGCUCAUAAAAGUACUGCUACUCUUAAAGAGAACUUAUUAAGAGAAGCUGUUGAAAACUUAGACGACGUGUGAUGAAAGUUUUACUAAUUGUGUAGGAUAACUCUUUUUUAAUAGAUUUCUAAUAAAUAUUGUCAAUAUAUUGAUACUUUUUUCAUUCAAAGUUUAAUCUUUAUUGAUGAAACAUGUUGAAAUAAAAUAUACUAAGC